ACGUAGCCGGAUAAACAAGAAAAUGAGGCGUUCCUAACGGAGGCGGACACGACAGUCAUUUAUUUAUUCUCAGUGUUUCAAAACGUCCCGUUUAUUCGCUACUCAUUUAGAAGAUGCAGUCUUCGAAGCGGAGCGAGAGUGACUGGCAAGGGCUGGUUAGCGAGUUCCUGGUGUGUAAACGCAAGCUAGAGAGUAAGAAAGAAGCCCUCCUCAUUCUGUCCAAGGAGCUGGACACCUGUCAGCAGGAGCGAGACCAGUACAAGCUGAUGGCCAACCAGCUCAGAGAGCGUCACCAGGUGCUGAAGAAGAAGUACAGGGAGCUCAUUGAUGGUGACCCAUCCUUACCGCCGGAGAAACGCAACCAGGUAAACCUUGCACAGCUGCUGAGAGACUCCAAGGAGCGAGUGAAGCAGCUGACGGAGGAGGUGAAGGAGCUGACUCAGCGCUUGCUCGAGGCUCAGGGGGACAACAAGCUCCUGCGAAUGACCAUCACGCGACAGAGGCUAGGGGAUGAUGAGGUCGGCGCCCGCCACUUCCCCGCCCAUGAACGGGAAGAUUUAGUUUGCCGGCUGGAGAGAGCAGGCCUUCAGAUGGAGGAGAUGGAGCACAACAGGAAGGCUCUGACGGACGAGCUCCAGGACGUGAAGGCGGAGCGCGGUGUCUACAAGGAGAAGGCAGAGCGCCUCAACGUGGAGCUCAACCACAUCCUGGGCAACCGUGAGGCGCGCAUCAUUGACCUGGAUGCCCUCUGCAUGGAAAACAGGUAUUUGCAUGAGCGUUUCAAACAACUACAAGAGGAGGUGAACCUGCUGAAAUCAAACAUCAUGAAGUACAAGACGGCAUUAGAGAGAAGGAAAAACUCCAGCAACUAUGGGAAAUCUAACAGUCCACUCACAGGUGUCCUCUCGGCCAAACAAGUCCAGGAGAUGCUCCUGGAAGAGCACGGCUGCAGCCUCCCCGCCACGCCGCAGUCCAUUUCUGACCUGAAGUCCCUGGCCACGGCUCUUCUGGAAACCAUCCACGAGAAGAACUUGGUCAUCCAACACCAACGCCACACCAACAGGAUACUUGGAAACAGAGUGGCAGAUUUGGAAAGGAAGCUGAAGACGCUGGAGGUCGCAGGGUUUUGGAGUCUGCCAGGCCUGACGUACCGCAUAUCCAUUGGGAUCGGGAGGGCUCGGCACGACAUCACGCCGAAUGAAAACCUCCUGCCGGAGCUUUGUCCUACCCGGGAGACGACGUCACAGCAGCAACAUCCACCCAAAGCAUCAGAUGACACAAGAUCCCAUGAAUCACAGUGGGAGCGUCACUCCGUCACCAGUAGCCAUCUUGGUGCAGAUGGGGCCGAAAACGAAGGGGUGCAGAGAAAUGGGAUUGAAGUGACAGGAGGAGGAGACACGGUGACGCCUCUGGAAGAGGAGGAAGAAGUGCGUAGUCCGGUGGAGGAGGAGGGACGGGAGGUGAACGGCGCCGAGGAGGAGGACCUCGCUUCGAUGGUGGAGGAGGGAGAGGAUGCGGCCUUGGCGUUGAAUGUUUCUCCCGAUGAAUCGCAACUUACAUGGCUUACCAUAAAACACGAAUCAAACUACAACUCCCAGGAUACACCUGGACUACAGUCAGAGGAGUGGGACAUCCGUUGUCAAUCUCGUGACACAUGUCAGAACUUGGCCUGAUUGUGAAACCAUCAAAGACUUGAGUGUCAGAGAGGGAGCUCUUUCUUGGAUGAAAAACUUCAAACCAUCUAUCCUCCAGGAAGUCUUCUCCCCCUGCAAUUAGAUCAAUUCCCAUUGUUUGCUUUCUUCAUCCUCUUGAGGGAUGCUUGUGAAGUUAGCCAUCACCGUUAAGAUGUGCCUUAUACAACGUCACCAUUUAAAAGCUCAAUCAAAAAUCCACAUUGAAGAUUUUCUGAUGUUCUAACAGUAAUGUUUGCCCCUCGAGCCAGUUUAUAAGCACCUAACGUGAGAAAAAUACAUCAUCUCCCUUACUUGUUUGCUCCACUUUUGAAAGAAGAAACACUGAAAUGCUCACGUUUCAAAUAUAGGCUUCACGACACAUCUUAAAAUAAAGCUCUGCCAACUAUCAGUCAGCUACAGACGUGGGAACUAGAGCCCCACCGAUAGGGGAUUUCUGGGGCCGAUGCCGCUAUGGGGGCUGAAAACAGUCAAUAUCCAAUACAGCCCGUUGAUAUACACAGGAUAUAUAUACUGUACAUGAACAUACAUUAUUAUAAUACCCACAAUACGAUUUAACACAAAGAAGCAGAAGACGAAAAUAAUAAAUAAUGAAAAUAAGGAAGUUUAAUUCGUAAGACUGUCAACAUAAGGACAUGCCUCUUUGUGAUUUACUUUUAGGUGUUGCUACAAAUCCGUAGUGUUCUUUGCUUUGCUGGUGCUGGAGGCCUGGCUAACUUGCACACUACAGAUGUUGCAUCUCACUCGCGCCUGUUUUGAGCCUUUUGUGAAGUGGCUCCACCACAUACUCUUCUCCUCUGCCUGCCAAAUGAAAAUACAUACAUUUCGUGCAUUUUGGUUAUUAGCCUAGAAUUUUAUUUUAUGGUUGACCAUUUUACUCGCCUGAAAGUGGUAAUACAUAGGUUAAUGUCAGGUGGUUUCUAACUAAUACAUUAUGUAUUUAUAAAAGGCUUAUUCACAAAAACCUCUUCCCAACAUCAAUUGGUUAUAUUUACUAGCUAUUGAAAACUUCUAUCUGCAUCCACUGAGUAUUGACAAACAACUCAAAAACAAAUGCUGAAGAAAAAAAGUGAAAAAAAAAAGUUGACUACAAACGAAAUAAGAUAUAAUCAAAACAUGCAUCAUGUUACUAGACUUAAUACAAGGGACUAAACUAUAUUUUAUGUAACAAUAUAAUUACAACUAAAUACAUUCCUUUGAAUGAAAACACUAACUUUUGAAUGUAUGAGCCCCUGUACAUCCUGCAUGGAAGUAUGGAGAGAAGUGGGACGCCGUGUAUGUCUGCACACAUCUUUAUUACACUUGAAAACGCUGCAUAAGAGUCUUGGAUAAUGAUGGACAUGUGAAUGAACACUUGCAUCUAUCUUUGUUUAUUGCAACUUACACGGGGUUAAAACACUGUAAUACGCUUUCUAAAACUUGCGUGGAAAAAUACUAGAAAUGUUCUCCCUGACAGGCCCUGACAGCGUGGCAGUAAAGUGUAGUGUUAUAUUGUUUUACAAAGUCACAGCUUACCGUGGUGUAAAAAAAAAAAAAAGUCGUUUGUUUCGCCGUUCCUCGCCGAGUGAGGCAGGAAGAGCGGCACCUUGCUGCUCUGUCUGUGUGUGAGGGGGGCAGGGCCAGGUACUCGGGCAGGGAGCAGCACAGUGAGACACACAGGAACGGAGUGACAGAAUCUCUGCACAGUAAAAAAACAAAAAAGAGACUAUAUCAGUUACAUGUUCACCGAUAUUGAUUAAUCAGUGAUAUGUCAUAAUCGGCCCACUGAUAAAUCGGUCGGGCUCUAGUGGGAACUGUAAAUUUGAUUUUCUUCAGCAAAGUUGCUGUUAAAGUGUGCCUGUAAUGUUAGCACUGUAGCUCAGAUAGCUACGCUAGUGUUGCUAAUGUCCUCCUGUGCCCACUUCGAGGCACCUGAGGGGACCAAAAUUAUACAUCGGUCAGUUUUAAGGCUAAUUGUGUGAAAUGUGACCAGGAUUUGUUUUUAUUUGAUGACCAUGAAGACGUAUAUAAUUGAUAACUGAAUAUAUGCCUAUACAGUCAGCCCUUGUUUAUCACAGUUAAUUGGUCCCAGGGCGACCGCGAUAAGUGAAUUUCUGCAAAGUAGGAUUCAAUAUUAAUGGAAUAUUUUCAGGGCUAGAGCAUAGAAAACCUGUUUAUGACUUUCCAAAUAUGUUUUUUAACAUUAUUAGAGCCCUGUAGACAUUAAGUAACACCCUUAUAGUCACCUUUACACUCGCACAGGCUACGGGAUCACUGCAGGGACACCAGACGGCCGCUGCUUUAAGCAUAGCAUGAUACAGAGCUAACUAGUUAGCCUCGAAUUUAUUUUAAACUUAAGAAAGGGUUUGAAAUGAAGUCGGGAAGGACAAAGUAAGAAGCCAAAAACAUACCACUUCCACAUGGAAUGGGAGGAUAACUUUUUUUCACUAUGUCAUGUCAGACAUGCCAUGGCUGACUCCAGGCAGUGUGAAGGUGAUCUAAUGUCAUGUCUCAUCAAUGUAACAUUACUGACGCCUAGUGGCCAGAAUACUACAUAGAACUUGUCUUUCAAUAUUUUUUGACUAAUAAUAGGUCAUAGUCAAACACGAAACAGCAAUCAUUUAUUUACGAAUUUUCGAAAAACUGCAAUGGAGUGAGGGAGCAGUAUUUGAACCGCAAUGUAGUGACGACUGUACACUCUUUACCUGUGGAAUGGAUUUGGUUCCAUUGACACCCAUUUUACCUUGAUUCAAAAGUAAAAAAAAUAUAUAUAUAUAUAUAUAUAUAUAUAUAUAUAUUACAUUUGCAUUACUUUUAUGAGAGAGACCGUUUUGGCACCUAAGGGGAAAAGGUUAAGUAUUUUUAACCUUUAGUUUUUAAAUCAUAAAUAACUUUAUUUUUCAGGGGUCCUGAAGGGUUUCAUAGAAGGGUUAGAUCAUUAGCAUUAAAGCUACAGACGCGCAAAAUGUGUUCCCAUUGGGGCUUACUAAAAGCACUUUUAAAUUGUCUAAAUUCUAAAAUGAAAAAAAAGUAGUAUAAUAUGGGACCUUACUAACUUUUGCAGGUGACAGCUGUUCUCUCCCCACCACCAUGGAGCCCACAACUGCUUACGCAGUACAGUUUCUAUGUUUUUAAUCCCAAAUGUGAGUAAUGGGAGCAGUAGCGUAAACCCCGAGCUUUGUUGGCGCCAGGCAGCUGAUUUGGCACACUCUUUUCCUCCGCCCCAAAGGAGUUUAAACACCAGAUGGGAGUGUGAACUAAUGAAGUUGCAAGAUAAUACUGCAUCCUCGCAUGCCUUAAAGAAAGAUUUGCAUAUUUGUAAGGAAAAACGCACACAGUUUUUGGCAAAGAUGCUGCAGCUCUUGUGGGCCUUGUGUGACAUAUAUUUUGUGUUUCACCACCUUAGCUCUGAAUGUCAACACUUUAAUGGAAAUGUGUUUUUUUUUAAAGAUGGUGCAAUAAAUUGCUAAUGUUUAAGAA